AACAAUGGAAACUCUUUUCCAUAAAUUGCAAUCUGUUCCUCACAUUUCUCUAGAUUACAAAAUCUCCCCUUUUCCAACAUUCUCUUUCUUCAACGUUAGCUUUUUUCCCAUUAAGAAGAACAAAAUCUCCUGCAACAAAGCUAACAAGCUGAGAAUGGAUUCAUCUCAGGGAAUUUCAGCUGGUACACAACAAAAGAUAGUGAUUCCUAACAGCAACAAUGAGAAGCUUGUGGGUCUGCUUCAUGAAACUGGUUCUACAGAAAUUGUUGUCUUGUGCCAUGGCUUUCGAUCAACCAAGAAUGACCUGGUCAUGAAAAAUGUUGCUGCUGCUAUAGAGAAAGAAGGGAUCAGUGCUUUCCGUUUUGAUUUCUCUGGGAAUGGAGAGAGUGAAGGCAAUUUCUAUUUUGGUAACUACAACUAUGAAGCUGAUGAUCUACAUUCUGUUAUCCGAUACUUUACUAACAUGAACCGUGUGGUUCCUAUAAUUAUCGGCCACAGUAAAGGAGGUGAUGUGGUCCUCGUCUAUGCCUCCAAAUAUCACGAUAUCCGCAAUGUAAUCAAUCUCUCGGGACGUUAUGAUCUCAAGAAAGGCAUAGGAGAGCGUCUUGGGGAAGAUUUUUUGGAAAGAAUUAAGAAACAAGGAUUCAUCGAUAUUAAAGAAGCAGGAAACUCUGGGUUUCGUGUUACCGAGGAGAGCUUAAUGGAAAGGUUAAACACUGAUAUGCAUGAAGCUUGCCUCAAAAUUGACAAAGAAUGCAGGGUCUUGACGGUUCAUGGAUCAGCUGACGAGGUAAUACCCCUGGAAGAUGCUAAGGAGUUUGCAAAGAUCAUACCGAACCAUAAACUGGAGAUUGUGGAAGGAGCUGAUCAUUGUUAUACCAAACAUCAAAGUCAAUUAGUUGCUACAGUUAUGGAGUUCAUUAAGACAGUCAUUGUGAAGAAUAACUAGUUUUUUUUUUUUCCAUCUCUUUGAGAAAUGUUCAUGAUACAUAAUACAGUUUCCACACUCAGUCCGCAUUUUGGUUUAAGAAUAAUUGUAACCAAAAUAAAAUUCUUCGUUACUC